AACUACAACAAUAAUUACUUCUGCUUUGAAAGUAGACGGAUAUAUUCUAUACCCACUAUCCCUACAGCAACAUUGCACUCUGUGAAAUCGCAAUUGUUUCCCCUUUCGACUUUUCCUACUUGUCGCCCUCUAUGCCCUCCGUUUGCUUUCUGCUUUUCCGAUUUUGCUCCUCUCUCUCUCUUCUGUAGAUCGAAUCUGAGUAUAUAUAAAUUCAUUUAUUGUACGCUUCAUUCUUGAAGAACCCUGUAAACCUUUAAUUCUCUAUAUAAAGCCGGAUUUCAGUAUUGUUUGCGUUUCUUUUUGUUGGAUCAAGGGAGACGUUUUCCAAAUUCUAAUUUUCCACAUCUAUUUUUCACAUUUCAACUAGUCAUAUCAAAAGCCCAAUCGAAGUCAGGUCAUGGUAGUCAUGAUGAUAUAUCGUGGUGAAAUAUAGGUUCUAGGCACUAGUUAGCUGGGGAGCAUCUUGCUUCAAUAAAUGGGCUGUUUUCAGUCUACGGCAACACGACAGUCUCCUGGUCACGAAGAUCCUGUUUUACUUGCUUCCCAAACAGCAUUCAGUGUUAGUGAAGUUGAAGCAUUAUUUGAGCUGUUUAAGAGCAUUAGCAGUUCUGUAAUUGACGAUGGGUUAAUAAAUAAGGAAGAAUUCCAAUUGGCUCUGUUCAAGAACAGGAAGAAAGAGAAUCUUUUUGCAAAUCGGAUUUUUGAUCUCUUUGAUGUGAAGCGAAAAGGAGUCAUUGAUUUUGGUGACUUUGUUAGAUCACUGAAUGUUUUCCACCCAAAUGCACCACAAGAAGAUAAAAUCAACUUUUCAUUUAAGUUAUAUGAUAUGGAUGGCACAGGAUACAUUGAACGGCAAGAGGUUAAGCAAAUGUUGAUUGCACUUUUAUGCGAGUCAGAAAUGAAGUUGGCCGAUGAAACGAUUGAGAUCAUUCUUGACAAAACAUUUUUGGAUGCGGAUAUUGACCAGGAUGGCAAAAUAGAUAAAUCUGAAUGGCACAAUUUUGUGUCCCGAAAUCCUUCACUGCUGAAGAUAAUGACACUUCCAUAUUUGAGGGAUAUAACUACAACAUUUCCCAGUUUUGUAUUUAAUUCUGAGGUUGAUGAAAUUGCUACAUAAAUUAAGAGACAUAUUAGUUUAGUUGUUUAUGUGAUUUUUACUAGUAGCAAACGUUAAAAUAGCAAGUCUGUGAAUGGUCGUUUGCAAACCACUUUUGUGACUGGGAUUUGCUAUUUCUGUUGUCCAUUCUUAGUGCCUAUUCCUAACACCACAAUUUGGUUUGGUGGUAUAUUACAGCAUGUGUUGAAUAUCUAGGAUGUUUAUUGGGAUUAAUUCAUCGUAUUAAGGGUCUGUUUAGUAGGACUUUUGUAUAGUCAAAAACUGUUUUUAAGACUAAAAAGUUGCUUUUGAACUUUUUGGAUAAUUUUAUGAAA